GUUUUAUACGAAUCUGACGCGAACCAAAUGCUAAUUUGAUGCUAAUACUGUUGCACGGAUUUGGAUUCAAUUUCAAGCAAUAUUUCAUGUAAGAAAUUAUAUAGUCCAGACGCCGUAAUUACGAUUUAUAUCAUCAGAAAGUGUGUGUCUUGCUCAUAGAUAUGCAGACGUCUUGCUGUUGGUCUUCUGAUUUGGCAGACAGCUCAGAACACCAUGGCUGAGGCGUCGGGUGCGGCAACUACAGAUACACAGUACUUCUGCCACAUCUGCAACAAGGACAUCACCCCAGUGGUGCCGGAGUACACCUGUCCCGACUGUCAGGGCGGCUUCAUAGAGCAGCGAGACACGGAGGAUGGCGGCUCGGCGGCGGCAGCCGACGACCCUGAGGAUGAGCUGCCGCCGCUGAACGACCCAGCCAUGCACGCCUUCUCACAGCUGCUGAAUAUUGUUCCGCUGUCGUUCAACUCACCUCUGGUGAUCGGAGGGAGGAACACGGGCCGGGGAGCCCCCGGAGGAGCGGCGAACGGCAGCCAGCAGCCGCAGCUGCCCCAGGCCGGCGGCUUCGUGGAGCUGCUCGACAAUCUGUUCGCCAACUUCCACAACGUGCGAGUCAAUGUGGACACGGGCGGCCAGGUGCCCAUCCACUUCCGACUGCACGGCAACCCCGGCGACUACGCCUGGGGAAACGCCGAGCUGGACAGGAUCGUGACGCAACUGCUGAACCAGCUGGACUUUAGCGGGCCGCCGCCGUUGGGCCAGGCGCUCAUCCAGAGGCUGCCCACCGUCACCAUUACCCAGGCCAGUGUCGACGCCAACCUGCAGUGCAUGGUGUGCUUUGAGGACUACAAGCUGGACGAGAAGGUGCGGGAGCUGCCCUGUUCACAUCUCUACCAUAGCAUCUGUAUAGUGCCCUGGCUAGAACUGCACGGCACGUGUCCUGUGUGUCGCAGCAACGUGGACCCGUCGGCGGCACCCCAGAAACCGCCGCCGGCCGCCCGGCCGCCCGAGCCGGGGCCGUCCAGUCGACCAGAUCAGCCGUGAGACCGCGCUUAUAUGAAGCGAUGCAGAGAGAGUCGUCAGUGACUGGUCGCGCCUGUGAUACCGCGCCGCCGCUGCCGCCGCCGCCGCCGCCUUACCCGUUCAUCCAGCCCCUCUGGAGGUCGGGUGGAGCCCCUCUGGAGGACGGGUGGAGUCCCUCUGGAGGUCGGGUGGAGUCCCUCUGGAGGUCGAGAGAGGUCGGGGCGGCGGUCAGAGGCAGCUGGCAGCUCCAGCCGCCCCCGGAAGGGCGGCGCGGCCGGGGCCUUAACGCUUGCUGUGUGCGUGUGUGUGCGUAUCUAAAGUAUGUAGCUUGAGUGUGUGUGCGUUUGCGGUGUAUUAAAACCCCUGGGUAGUACCGAUGUUCAGUACGGUUGGCUUCCCUGUUGAAGAACAUUCUGGUCUUGCAAUCAGCAGCGGAGAAAAUGAUUCGGACCUUGACGAACGAGUGCAGAGACUCGCACCUGGAUUCGGAGCUGUCCAGCUGCUCAGGGGCGGCGGUGUUGGUCUCUGUCGAGCUCGCAGCUCAGUCCAGCCCGGAGGACAGAUCAGGAAACUGGGGUGGCACGCAGGGAGGGCAGGGCGCCCAGGGGGGCGCCCUGGAUGGGUGUCUGGACUGUGCACGGCAGUUUUAACGGCGACCCCUCCGUUCGGCUGGCGUCGCCGAGUGGAGAUAUAAUCAAUCAGUAUGUGAUGCAGCAGUCCACAGCCACGCUAUUCGUUGCUUAGUCGCGCCAUAGUCGCCCGGUGUCUGAUUUGUAUUUUGCGAUGCAGAAAGUCUGUUUCUUGCGGUGAUUUUGUUCAGUGCUGCUUUAUUUACAUGUUAAUGGUGAUAUACUUGGUGAGUCUGAUCGCCAAAAUUGGCCGCUGCAGCGCUGGGUCGUGUCAUUGAAACGAGUUAUCUUACCGACAGUGGUGCCCGAAUAAAUAAAUCGGUGUUAGACGA